AUGCCACCUCUGCGCUUCAACCAAGACUUGCUCGAGGCCCAGAGCAAGCAAAUCAGCAGAGUCUCUGAUCUAGUCCGAGGCGAUGACUCGGGCGCUCUCAAAUUCACCUAUCGUCAUGACAGUCUUUCGGAGCCCGUCACUGUUCACAUGAUUGCCCAUGACUGCAUGGCUUACCCCCAGAAUUCUGCUUUUAUUGCAUUUUCUGAAUUUGAACACGCCAGGUAUGACCUCACUCUGUGUCUCGACGCUGUUUGUCAGAAGAGAGAAUGGUCCAGCAUUGAAGAAGCCGUCCGCGCAAUUUCGGAAGCAAUCACCUCCAUGAUCGACAAGCGCAGCGACUGUGUCUCAAAUAAUUCAGAGAGCCCAUCUUGGGAUUGCGGAAGCGAAUAUGAGGAGCUGGACUCUGUAGAGAUCUCCAGCACCGAUGGCGACCGUCCACUCGCGCCCGAUCAGUACGACCAUGACACCCAGCCGCUUGAUGCCCAGAAAUUGGCCAGUCUGAGAAGUGCUCUGCGAAAGGCCCAAAAUUCAGGGAUAACUGUCGGGAUAUACCCUGAGACGCGCAGCAACUUACCCCAAAUUAUCUCCCUUUCUGCACCAGCAGCAUGCCUCGGCGUCGCCGCAGGCAUCUUAGAAGCCUGGGGUUUGAAGGAGACAGACAACUUGAUUCUACUUAUAAAAUUCGGCACAUUAUACCCGGACAUAGCCGAAAUUUGUAACUUUUCAAGCCGGCAAACCGUCUUGCAGUUUCGGUUUGGAAAAUGUUUGGGUGAGAAACCUUCGCUGGCCUCUGUUCAGUCCGCCUACCGCGAUCCGAGUUCUUCCAAAAAAGACGAGAUCAAAGUUGACGUCGACAACAACGCCUCAUUCCCCUUCGAGCUUACCAACAUGUCCACUGUAAUUGACAGCUUACUGAACUCGGGCUUCUCGAGCCUAUUAGGAGCCAGAAGGCGCUAUAAGCUUUCCUGGCCCUCUGCACAACUGCUCGUAUCGAAGCUAGAGCUACAAGAUGCGGUUCACAUGCCUUCUGCGGAGGACAUCAACAUCGAGGCUCCGGCUAUGCAGGCUGACAGUCCCUCCUGGCAGAGUCUCAACGGACCUUUAUCUCAGGACGGUGCACUGGACGACUCGGAGUCGUUCAGCCUCCCUCUCGUCGCCAUGCAGUUCGCCCUUCACCGGUUGGCAAACUGCACGCGCUACUGCAUGGUAUGUAACGCAUGUUUGAAUCGAAGCUAUGCAGCCUUGAAGCCAUACGUCUGUUCUAGGUCACUUUGCAUGUUUCAAUACUUGUCACUUGGACUUGGAUCAAGUAUCGAGUACGAAAUCAUCAAUGCUCCCUGCGUCGUCGACAUGCUGAUUUGCUUUCUCUACGCCGCACUGACACAUCAUACCACCCGUGAGCUCCCAGACGGCCUCAACAUAAAAACAGCCUACGUUGACGAAUCAUGGGCCCGGGAGUCCUACGUUGCUGCGAUGGCAGACAUGGAGGCCAUGACAAUCCGUGAUAUCGACUAUUCAACACGGCUGGAUAGAAGCAUAGAGCAGCGCACUAGGGAGACUUUUCGAGUAGGCGAACGUAUUCUGAUUGUCCAUCGGGAGUCUGACCCGCUACCUGGCUCUAACACGGACUUGGUUGUAAAAUCAUGGUGUCGGCUGAUAGCAUCAGUCGGUGGACAGUGGACUUUUGAGCGCUAUCACUUCGUUGAGUCAAGAUGUUUUCGAGAUCAUCACUGGGCAAACUCUACUGAAAAUGCACUCGUCGGAAAAUGGCGGCGAGUGCAGUUAUUUGGUUACUGGCAAGAUGUGGACGACUUGGAACAUUUCCGGAGAGUCUCCGCAUGGCUACACAUUCUCGAAGGAAUGCCCUCGGUCCACGACAUGCGUGAUUAUUUGAUGGCCCAGCCUGGAAGACGACUAGCGAUGUGGAACCGCCUCAACGCCUCCGAGCUCGCAGUAGUGAACUGGACAGUGGCCUCGAAUCGAUCGUUGAUUGUGCAAGACGAUGCUGUUCCACCUGAAGACUUGCCGGAAAUGCACCUUCAGAAGGCCUGGAACAAGAUUGAGACAUCGAAUGCCCUAAAGAUCGGCUCUAGCAAGAUAAGAGGAUCGUAUGAACAGCGGCGGUGGAUGCAGUUUCGAUUUCUUCAAGGCUCGCCCGAGAUGGAGCAAAAGUUUGAGCACAAGACAAGCCAGUUGCUCGAGACGACACAGACGCCUACAAUAUUCGCCUGGCAUGGAAGCCACUUGAAGAAUUGGCACAGCAUCAUUCGAUCGGGGUUAGACUUUGCCAAGGUUGAAAAUGGCCGGGCUUGCGGCCACGGAGUCUACUUUAGCAAUGACAUGUUGACAAGCCUCCGCUACAGCGGAAACUUGUUGGAGCGAACAGACGUACCCAGUCAAACGUUUAACUGGCCGAAAUCCGCCCUUCAUAUUGACUCCGCUAUUGCGGUAUGCGAACUCAUCAACUUACCGGAAGAAUUCGUCAAUACAUGUCCGCAUUAUGUCGUGGAUAAGUUAGACUGGAUCCAGUGUCGUUAUUUGCUGGUGUCGGUCAAUCCAUCAGCAGACGCGAUUGCAUUUCCGUCAUACCAGCCACUGAAAGACGAGAUACAUGCGUAUGUGUUACAAGAUUCAACACAUCCCAUCACAGCUGGCGACAAGGCUGUCGAAAUACCCAUCACGGCCAUUCCAUUUGAUCGGCGCGCUGUACAGAUUAAAUGGUCGCCACAAUUUUCGACUUGCAUGGCAGAGGCACCUCUAGCGGAAAGCCAAAUGCCAUUGAAUUGCAACUACGAGACGGACGAUGUGGCGCUAUAUCUUGGUGUUGAUGGGUCUGACGACGACUUAAAUCCCGCCAGGAUAAAGCGACGAGGCUCAUCAGAGUCUUCCUGCAGCUCGCAGUACUUUAGGAAACGAGCAAAGAGCAUUACAGAGUCAUCCGCCACGAAGGGCCAGGUAGUACUCGAUGAGCCGCGUAAUGCCCAUAGCUUUGACCCAGAAGGUCUCAAGAUGGAAUCGCUCCGCCUCAUCGAGCCCCCAAUCUGGGCGUCCACAUCAAAGCAGGCCGUUCGCCGACUGACGAUGGAUCUAAAGGACUUGCACCGCCGGCAAACCAUGGCGUCUGACUUUUCCUCGGGGUAUUACGUGCACACGGAUAAGAGCUAUAACAUGUUUCAGUGGAUUGUGGAGCUGUUUAAUUUUGAAGAGAUGCUCCCGCUCGCCCGCGACAUGCGCGCGUUUGGUUGCGCAAGCAUCGUCAUGGAGUUUCGAUUCGGUCCCAACUACCCCAUGUCGCCGCCCUUCGUACGCGUCAUACGCCCGCAGUUUUUGCCCUUCGCCGAAGGCGGCGGGGGUCACGUCACCGUCGGCGGCGCCGUCUGCCUCGAGCUCCUGACGAGCUCGGGCUGGAACCCGGCCAUACACAUUGAGAAUGUCAUACUGCAGAUUCGCGCCGCCAUCAGCGACACGGACCCGCCCGCACGCAUCCAAGAAAGCUGCGUCGGCAUUGACUAUGGAAUUCACGAGGCCGUCAUGGCGUUUAAAAGGCUCGCAAGAGCGCACGGCUGGCCGGUGCCCGAGGACUUUGAUCAGACUGCGGCUCUGUGA